AUGGUUGGGGGUCGCAUAGUUGUACGUGGUGUUCCUUAUCAAAUUGAACGAUCAAUUGGUCAUGGUCUUCAUAGUCUUGUGUAUGGUGCUCGUGAUCCCCAUACUGGACGACCAGUAGCUAUUAAAAUAAUUAAUUUUGAUCAUGGAUCACAUGAUGUUAAAGCUCAUACUGAAUCUCGACGACAAUCAUAUUGGAAAGAAAUUAAUAUACUUUUACAUUUACAACCAUUAAAUCCUUAUAUUGUUCGUGUAUUGAAUCAUGAUUAUAAUAAUCGUCGAGGAAUAAUUGUUAUGGAACGUGGUACUACAGUACGCGAUACUCUUACUCGACAUAUGCUCAGUAAAACUCCAAUGCCUCCAUCUGUUGUACAUCGAUUUUGGACACAAAUGGUUGAAGCUAUUUAUUAUUUGCAUCGAGCUGGAUUUGUUCAUGGUGAUAUUAAACCUGAAAAUUUUAUUCAAGUUGGUCCUGAUGGUACAUCAUUACGAUUAAUUGAUAUGGGUAUUAGUUUUCAUUUACCACCAAAUGUUACUAGUCGUUUAAAAACGGGCGUUGGAACACCAGAUUAUGUAGCUCCGGAAAUGGUUUGUUCUGGUUCAGGUUUUGGUUCACAUUCAAGAUGUGGUUAUAGCGCGGAUGUUUGGGCACUAGGUGUUAUUCUAUUUGAAAUGACAUAUGGUUAUCGACCAUUACAAAAGAUGCGGGAUAAUACAGCAAAAUUCAAAUUUUUGAAUAGAUUACGACAACGAGAGAUUCCUAUACCGAGACAUCCUGAUAUGAAUUUACGUAAUGUACUUGGACGUUGUUUAACUUCGAAUCGACGUCGACGUUUGACUGUUCAACAAUUACUUAAACAUCCAUAUUUCACUGAAGAAUUUUAA